AUGAAGAAGAAACAUGAUGGUAUUGUUUAUGAUCCUAAAGAAGUUCUGAAUCCAACACCCAAAGUAACAAAUUGUUACAAAUCGCUGUGGGUAAAAUACAGUUUUCAGGAGGCAUACAUGACCCAACUUGUCAGCUCCCAGCCAGUUCCAGCCAUGUCAAGGAACCCAGAUCACAGUCUACCUCCUAAGCCCCAGGAGAAUAACGCUCAGAAGCAUCACCAGGAGGAAGUAGUCCAGAAGUUGGCCAUGCAGCUGAGACACAUUGGGGACAGCAUCGAUCAUCUAAUGGUGCAAGAGGAUUUUCAGCAGGAUGGCAGAAAUGCACUGGCUCGUCUUAUCAUAUUUUUCUUUAGAAGACUUCAGAUGUUGCUGCGCUUUUUUUUGAAUAACCAUUUGCUGUAAAAGGAAUAUAAAUGUCAAGUUCUAUUUUCUUUCUACCUCUAAAAAGCAUGAAUCCCACUGAGACAGAUGGGAAGAUACCCUUCUCUAUCUUCCUCUGUUUUUGUAUAUCACUGUUGGUUUUUGCCUGUUUGUUGGAGAACUGCAGACUCACUCACCAUUUGUUCAGAGCAACAAGCUAUGUCUGUGGUGCCUCAUUGUAGUAGCCCAAGCCCAAGAAGUAAUUUGGAACCCAGGAAGCCUUGAGCAUUUCUUUCCAUGAAUGAAAUAGAACCUCAUCAAAGGAGAGGUCGUAGAAAUGGGUAUUUUCUCCUGGGCCUCUCCCUGGGUGUACAAUGCUUUCCAAUGACCUGCUGGCCCCACUUUUGUUACUCAUGUCCAGAUCUGCUGUGCCAGCUUCUCCUCAGCCACACUUCCCUACUUCUAGCAACCCCAAUUCCAAUUCCAACUCCUAUGUACCUGGAAAAUGGAAGGAAAACUAUCUCUCAAACUCAAAUCUAACAUGGCCCAUCUGUAUUCCUAGUUCCAUGCCCACUACCAUUAUCUGUAUUCCCAGUUCCAUGUCCACUACCAUUACCACCACCAAUACUGGGUAUUUCUAAACAUUUCUCAGGUUUUGAUUCUUUUCUUAUUUUUUCUUUUCUUUUUUUUUUAAAAUUUUUAUUCUCUAACUCCUCUGUGACCCCCUUCAAUCUUCCUUAACCAACUGGAUUUUCUUUUUAUUAUUAUUUGACCCUGCAGGAAGGUAUCUUUCACUGUUGGGCCAUCUUCCUUUAGGCUUGUCUGCUUAAUAUCAGUAGUGCAUAGUCUUUGGCCAACAGUCCUGCCUUCCAGAGAAGUACUAGACCAAAAUGAGUUAUGAAUUCAUCACAAAGCAAAAACGUGUAACUAUUUUCCUAUUGCUAAAUGGCUUUGCUAUUAUUGGUUGGUGGGCCCUUUGCUGGUUGAAUUUAUUUUGCUCAUUCUUUUCUGUCCUCUCUUACAGAGUUCUUUCACUUUUAUUCUUUUCCUUUUAGUCUACCUCAAAUUCCCUCCUUUUGAAAGAAUUCCAAGUAUUAAGAAAGUUUGUUGUUACAAAUUAAAAGUUCUUUGUAUCUUGACUUCAUAGAAAAAAUGUUAUUUAAAAUUUUUUUUAAUGAAAUAAAUAUUGUUA